AUUUCUUCUACUAUUCGGCUGUAAAGCGUCUCUGGACAUGCACCUUUCCGGUUAUAUAAGUCUAAAUACCAAAAGUAUAAAAAGCAGGGCACUUUAUUGUCAAUAUUGUAUUUAGAAAUACGUCACUUGCAUAUAAGUAUUUGUUCAUAACCCAAAAACUAAAUUAGAAAUGCGUUUUGUAAGACGAAUGUGAUAAAUGACACACAAAACCAGCACCCCAUUCCAGCUCGCCGUUUCCUGGAGUUGAGCUUACUGGGAAAUCCGGUGAAGCGCUGCGCUUCAGUCACAUAGUUUGCGAUUUCUGACAUCGCUGUUACUCACUCUUCAUCUGCAGGAACCUUUCCUGCUGGUAUCAUACAUGCCAAUAUACUACUACCUUUAUCCCUGCAUGAACUUUAAAUGAAAAGCCGAACACUGAUUUCAAACUUCUGGAAACAACUGGACCAUAAAAUAUGGACGGAUUGACAAACAGUCUGGAUGACAGGUCACGAGGCUGCGGCCCAGAGCUUCCUGACAAGCUCUCCCUGAUGGAGGUCCGUCUGCGGGCACAGGAGGAUGAGGUCACGCUGCUGAAGUCAUCUUUGGCAGACGCUCUGCGCAAACUGCGCAUCCACGAGCAGCAGACCCACCUGCUCUGGCAAGAGCUCAGUGCAGUUAACCCAGCUGCUGCUGAGACCCUGGGCCAGUUCUGCCACGUCAAUGUACUCUCCAGCUACAGCAUAACUCCCAGACAGAGACGUCAAAGUCAGGAGCUUCUCGGAACGUUCAGUGCUCCUGAGGGGGACAUGGAUGGCUCUGGGGCCACCAUCUGCCCUCAGGGCUCUCGGCCGAGGCCUGCUGCUGCAGACAGAGCCACGCAGACGGAGCCCUCCGAGAGAGUGCUGCUGGCACGCACACGGGCGGUGCAGAGCCUCUCACUGGAGGAUGCCUUCAGUGACAGUGAGAGGGAGGACCAAGGUGGUGGGGAUGCAGCCUGCAGCACCUGGACAGCUGUCGUGGAGGAGCCCAUUCAUGAGAGCUGCGUGACGGCACUCUGCCAGAACUGGCCUGAGCAGGACCUCAGCUCUGCUGAUGAGUGUCUCAGUGAGCAGAGCCCCCUGUCCACAACCAUGGAUCUCAGUUCCCCCGCUGUGCCCAAGGACCAGACACCAAGUAACCGGGUUAUUGCUGUCUCCUCUCCUGCAGACACCCAGAAGAAACUUCUGAUGCGCCGGAAUACAGAGCGGCUGGUGAAGGACGCCCCCGAGAAGCCCAGGCAGAAACUGGCCAGGAAGGUCGUGUCGUCCAACAACCUGCUGAGCCACUCCAACAGUCUAGAAGGCCGGAGCAAAGAGCACAUUUAUGGUGCAGGAACUUCAAGAAGAGGGACAUACAGCCAGGGCCAAUCAGUAAAAAUGUUCAUCCGAGGACGGCCAAUCACCAUGUACGUGCCAUCCAACUUCCAAAACUAUGAGGAGCUGCGCAUGGAGCCCCCCAUGGAGCGGCUGGAGCUGGACUGGGUCUAUGGUUACCGGGGCCGGGAUUGCCGAGCCAACCUGUACAUGCUGCCGUCGGGGGAGGCUGUUUACUUCACAGCAUGUGUGGUGGUGCUGCACCACAUCCACAGCCACCGCCAGCGACACUACUGCAGACAUACCGACUGCGUGCGCUGUCUGGCUAUUCAUCCAGACCAGGUGCGUGUGGCGUCAGGUCAGAUGGCCGGAGUGGACAAGGAUGGUAAACCCCUUCUACCCUUCGUGCACAUCUGGGAUUCAGCCACCCUUGUCACACUGCAAGAGAUCGGACUGGGCAGCUUUGAGAGGGGAGUCAGCUCUGUGGCCUUCUCACACGCAGACGGGGGAGUGUUUCUGGCUGCCAUCGAUGACUCCAAUGAGCACAUGCUGACAGUGUGGGAUUGCCUGAAGGGGACCAAGCAAACAGAGAUCAAGAGCACCAAUGAGGCUGUGUUUGCGGUGGAGUUCAGCCCCAGUGACAGCAGCAACAUCAUCACCUGUGGGAAGUCUCAUGUCUACUUCUGGACCAUGAGCACCGGGGGCCUGACCAAGAAACAGGGCAUCUUCGGAAAGUACAAGAAGCCCAAGUUCAUCCAGUGCUUUGUGUUCAGCCUGACGGGAGAUGUCCUGACCGGAGACUCGGAGGGCAGCAUCCUGACGUGGUGCAAAUUAGCUGCUGAUGUAAAAACCUUGGGAAAGGGAGCCAAAGAGACCUAUCAGAUCGUGAGACAGACGCAGGCCCAUGAGGGGAGCGUGUUCACCCUGUGUGUGCUGCAGGGGGGCACCCUGCUCAGUGGGGGAGGCAAAGACAGAAGGGUUGUUUGCUGGACUGUGGACCUGGUGCCCGAGAGAGAAUGUGAGAUCCCAGAGAAGUAUGGAGCAGUCCGUACCAUUGUUCAUGUAGGUGGGGAAGAGCUGUUAGUUGGUACAACCCGAAAUGCCAUUCUUAGAGGGACUUUCUCACACGGUUUUGUGGCCAUAGUUCAGGGCCAUAUGGAUGAGAUGUGGGGACUGACUACGCACCCCAGCCAGAACAUCUUCCUCACUUGUGGCCACGACAGGCAGGUGUUCUUCUGGAAUGGAGAGGAGCACAGGAUGGAAUGGUGUGCCAUGCUAGAGGAGUCUGGCCUGUGUGCUGAUUUCUGUCCCAAUGGCAGUGUGGUGUCUCUAGGCCUCAGCACUGGCAGAUGGCUGGUACUGGAUCUUCAAACCAGACAUAUUGUGUCAGACUACACUGAUGGGAAUGAACAGCUGUCCGUCAUGAGGUACUCACCUGAUGGUAGUUUCCUGGCAGUAGGGUCCCAUGAUAACGUCAUCUACAUCUACAGUGUCACCGAGGGAGGGCACCACUACACUCGCUUUGGAAAGUGCACGGGGCAUUCCAGCUUUAUUACUCACUUGGACUGGUCCAAAGAUGGAAAAUACAUCAUGUCAAACUCAGGAGACUAUGAAAUUCUCUACUGGGAUGUGGCCAGGGGGUGCAGGCUGCUGAGGAACCGCUACGACAGCAGGGACCGCGAGUGGGCGUCCUACACCUGCGUGCUGGGGUUCCACGUCAUGGGUGAGAGGGAACUCUGGAGCUGUCCAAAGGACUUUGGACACUUAUCUCUUUUAAUAGGUGUGUGGCCCGAGGGGUCAGAUGGCACGGACAUCAACGCCCUGUGUCGCUCCCACUGCGAGAGGAUGGUAGCCGUGGCUGACGACUUCUGUAAGGUGCACCUGUUCCAGUACCCCUGCCCCAAGCCCAAGGCCCCCAGUCACCGAUACGAGGGCCAUGGCAGUCAUGUGACCAACGUGGACUUCACUCACAAUGACAGCCACCUGCUGUCCAUGGGGGGAAAGGACACCACCAUACUGCAGUGGCGAGUGAGGUGGGGAGGGACAGAAAUGCUGGGAACACAGGCUACCAAUCAGCAAAUCAGAGCCGAGCAGCGAGCUGUGCAGAGUGCACUGCCUGCCCUGGACACGUCUGUGGGCUGACUGCACAUCUGUGCCCUGCCUUAAUGCCACAUCUGAAUGGGAUCUUUGUAUUUUUACAAAAGUAAAAAAUAAAAAAAACACUUCCGUA